AUGGCGAGACGCUACUCUACUGCAGAAAAGGCUAAAUGGACGUCAACCACUUUUGCUCCUGUUCGCAGAGCUCCCAUCCCCAUUCCAGCUACUAACAACUCUGCGCUCAUUGAACAGAACAAACUCUCUCUUAUCAGACGAGUUACAAACUCGGCGGCACAAAAUACCAGAGCCUUGGUAGACUUCUUUCUGCAACACUGGCACGUCUCCGGCUCUAUCACUGGCCGAGAUCUUGGUCCCCAUCUGUUUCAGUUUACCUUUGAAUCCGAAAGAGAUCUACAGAGUAUCCUACACAAAGCCCCAUACCACUUCAAAAAAUGGAUGAUACUCUUGCAGCGGUGGGAACCUAUUGUAUCUGAUAGCUUCCCAUCUAUUAUUCCAUUUUGGAUACGAAUCCAUGGAAUUCCUCUACACUACUGGACGGAAGAGGCUCUACACGCUAUAGGCUCAGAACUUGGCCAUGUCGAGUCCAAAGAUGUUCCAAAAGGCCGAGUUCGGGUCCUCAUUAAUGGACUCCGACCCCUUGAAAGACAUCUUGAAAUCAGUCUCCCCUCAGCAGAAAUCAAGGAAGUUGAACUGGAAUACGAGAAGCUUGAGAAGCAUUGCUUCUCAUGCGCCUCACUCUCUCACGAGCAAGAUAAAUGCAUGUCCAGAUUCUCUAAAACUCAAGGCCCUAUGGGUAUCAAUCAAUCGAGAACUCUUGAGAAGCUCGCUGAAAGAAGAAGAACUGAUGAUAGGGUAGUGAGGAAUGAGGAGCGAUCAGACAGAACUUGUAGAAAUUCUCAUCGGUCAAAUGAUGUUCGCCACGAGGGACACUCGAAGGCGACCUACGAUCGAUCCCUUCGUACUGACUAUCGCCUAGCUUCAUCUGAAUAUAGACGCCCACCCCCUUCUUCACCUCCCCGGAGAAAUACUUACCCUAGAAAAGAAACUUGGGUACCACGGAAGGGCCAGUCCUCAGGUUCUAUUGCGGGCUCUGAGCCUCGAGGCUCAGGAAGGCUCGAAGAUAGGCUUCAUGUCUCUUUACGUCUUGGCCAUGUACCUGCGAAACCAGACACUACCAUCACUCUCUCCUUGGGCCGUCUUCCUAAGCGCUCGGGUCGUAUUGCUGCAAAGACGCUAGGAAAGCGUAAGGCGCCUGACCAACCUACAAAGAAGAAAAUUCCUAGAAGCCCUGUCCAAGGUGUAAGCUUAAAGAAAAGAAGGGUCACGAAGGGUCAGCAAUCGUCCAAGAGAAGGCUUGUCAUGUCGGCUUCUGGCGCUAAGACAGGACCUGCUACAAUACCUCCUACUGGUUUAAGUGGAGGUCUUAUGUUGUCUUGGAAGGAUGAUAUAAAAGUGCAUGUUUUGUACUCAUCUUGUAAUAUCAUCGACACAUUCAUCUGCUCAAAAAAGUCAUCAUUCUUUGCUUCCUUCAUUUAUGGCACUCCGAGAAAAGAAGAUCGAGCUGCCUUUUGGAGUAAAUUGGUCGAACUCGGCAAGGCUCGAGACUCUGCAUGGUUUAUAACAUGGGACUUCAACGACUUACUUGACAACUCCGAGAAGGUUGGAGGCCCACCGCGCUGGGAGGGAUCUUUCUUAGCUUUCCGCAGUUUUGUGUCCCAAUCUGGGCUAUGGGACUUGCCACAUGCUGGUAACCAUCUAUCUUGGCACGGAAUGAGACAUGAACACUUCAUCCAAUCUCGUCUUGAUCGAGCUAUGUCAAACUGUGCGUGGUCGGAACUUUUCCCAUCAUGUCGCAAUAUCUACCUCAGCUUUGAGGGUUCGGAUCACCUGCCACUCCUCACUCUUUUUGACCAGACUAAAACUUCUAGAAAGGGGAACUUUCGAUUUGAUAGGAGAUUGAGGAAAAACCCUGAUAUACACAAGCUCGUCGAAGACCAGUGGCCACUCCAUAGACAAGAAGCUGUUCUCUCCAAAAUUGAUCGGGUGCAGAGAAAAAUCAUUGAAUGGACAAGAGAACUGAACAUCAAAAGCUCUGAAGUAAUCAAAGAAGCUCAACAAGUCCUUGAAGCUGCGCUCUCUGCCCCCUUACCCGAUACCGACCUUAUUGUACCCACUACUACAACUCUUGAAAAAGCUUACCAAGAGGAGGAAGAAUACUGGCGACAAAGAAGUCGCAUCCUCUGGCUUCAGUGCGGCGAUCGUAACUCUGGCUUCUUUCACGCUAUCACCCGGGGCAGGCGUCAAAUCAACAACUUCUCUGUUCUAGAAGACGAUGAGGGCAGAGUGUUUGAUACCGAAGAAGGAAUAGUCUCAACUAUCUCCACUUAUUUCCAGAAUAUAUUUGCAUCGUCAGGAGCAUACUGUCUUGAGAGAGUCAACGAAGCGCUGAAUCCGUGUAUCACACCAGAAGAUAACGAAAGACUUGUUGCUAUACCGGACCGAACUGAAGUAUACAAUGCCGUGUUUGCGAUUCAUGCCGAUAAAACCCCAGGACCUGAUGGCUUCUACACGGGCUUUUACCAUUCCUUUUGGAACACGGUUGGUGAGGAUGUGUAUCGAGAUAUCCGAGAGUUCUUCGAAUCAGGUUAUCUCCAUCCGAGACAGAACGAAACUCAUGUUCGUUUGAUAGCUAAGAUCUCCUGUCCGAGGAAGGUUGCCGAUUUCCGUCCUAUCGCGCUUUGCUCCACGCACUAA